CCGAGCCGAGCCGAGCCGAGCCGAGCCGAGCCGAGCCGAGCCGCCGGUAACGGUCCUGCCUCGGUGUGAGGAGGCUCGGCAGGCUGCCCGCCAGGUAUCCGGGCCGCGGUGAGGGGCGGCUCUCCGCACCCAUCGCUGAGAGGUGGACCAACAGAUGGAACAUUCCACUAGGAAGAACGAAACUGUUCUUACAAGGUAAUUUGCUCCGGUUAGAUUGAAGUCUGCUCAGGGAGGCUUGUGGUCAGCGGUGACUGGGAGCGCUGGGAACACCUGAGUGAUCAGCUGAGGCCUUGAAGGGAGAACAUUAAGACUACAUUUCAUUGUCAGUUCUGUUCAGCAGCUAUGGAAAUAGAAAAGCAGCAUGUUUAUGUUAGCACAGUAGAAGUGGAGAAUCUGAGUGAUGCUCUGUUCUCCGGCGAUGAAGAAAACGGUGGCUCUGAGGAACGAAAGACUGAAAUCAACGGCAAUUGGAUUCCUGCAACUUCUAUUACCGAAGCCAAAAUAAAUGCUAAAGCAAAGAGGCGGUUGAGGAAGAAUUCUUCAAGAGAUUCUGGGAGAGGAGACUCUGUUAGUGAGAAUGGAGAGACGCAGAAGUCUGGGCUGGUUGUACCAACAAGCCCUAAGGGGAAAGUCCUGGACAGGCGCUCCCGGUCUGGGAAAGGAAGAGGUCUUCCAAAGAAAGGUGGAGCAGGUGGUAAGGGAGUCUGGGGAACACCAGGUCAAGUGUAUGAUGUGGAAGAAGUAGAUGUUAAGGAUCCUAAUUAUGAUGAUGACCAGGAGAAUUGUGUCUAUGAAACAGUAGUUUUACCUCUGGAUGAAAGAGCAUUUGAAAAAACCUUAACACCGAUCAUACAGGAAUAUUUUGAACAUGGAGAUACCAAUGAGGUUUCGGAGAUGCUGAAGGAUUUAAACCUCGGUGAAAUGAAAUACAGUGUGCCAGUGCUGGCUGUUUCCUUGGCACUAGAGGGGAAAGCCAGUCACAGGGAGAUGACAUCUAAGCUUAUCUCUGACCUUUGUGGGACAGUAGUAAGCAAAACUGAUGUGGAAAAAUCAUUUGACAGACUGCUAAAAGAUCUACCUGAAUUGGUGUUGGAUUCUCCCAGGGCACCACAGUUGGUGGGCCAGUUCAUUGCUAGAGCUGUUGGAGAUGGGAUUCUGAGCAGUACUUACAUAGAUGGCUACAAAGGCACUGUGGAUUGCAUCCAAGCUCGAGCUGCACUGGACCGAGCUACAGUGUUACUGAGUGUGACAAAGGGUGGAAAUCGUAUAGACAACGUGUGGGGCUCAGGAGGUGGCCAGCAGUCUGUGAAACACCUUGUUAAAGAGAUUGAUAUGCUGCUGAAAGAGUACUUGCUUUCUGGAGACCUGCUGGAAGCUGAACGUUGCCUUCAGGAACUGGAAGUACCCCAUUUUCACCAUGAACUUGUAUAUGAGGCAAUUGUGAUGGUUUUGGAGUCAACUGGAGAAAAGACCUUUAAAAUGAUGCUGGAUUUGCUGAAAUCUCUCUCGAGGUCUUCUGUCAUUACUAUGGACCAAAUGAAAAGAGGCUAUGAACGAGUUUACUGUGAAAUACCAGACAUUAACCUGGAUGUGCCACACUCCUAUUCUGUGCUUGAGCGGUUUGUAGAGGAAUGUUUUCAGGCUGGAAUCAUCUCCAAACCACUGAGAGACGUCUGUCCUUCAAGGGGCAGGAAGCGUUUUGUGAGUGAAGGAGAUGGAGGCCAGCUUAAGCUAGAAAGCUACUGAAUGUUGGAACCAACUGCUGAAGACUUAAAAGAUGAAAGGGAAAAAAGAUAGGUAUCUAGAUAUAUAUAUAUAUAUACAAACACACAGGCCUUUUUGGCACGUGUGCAUGUAUGUAUGUAUAUGCAUAUAUUAUAUACCAAAUUUCUAAGAGUUGCUUAGCACAGUUCAUAUUUUUUUAAGAGCACAUGUUUUGGGUACAGAUCAUUUUUUUUAAAUAGUUUUAUAAAUUUCAGAAAGAAAAGUUCUUUCUCCGGGCAUCCAAUAGACCAACUGGCCACUCUGUUGUGGUGCCUUCAGAUAAGCUAUCUUUUUGUAAGUGCCAUGUUUAUGACCUGUCAUUCCAUGUUUGCAUUCACAUUUGACUGCCGCUGUUUCUUUCAAGGACAGUGUUUUCAUUGUACAAUCCCUGAUUUAUACAGAGCUUUCUAGAAGGGUCAGGUUAAGCCGCUGUGAUCCCCUUCGUUGCUGCUGCUGAAAUACUGUGCUUUGGGAGGAAAAAUAGCUGUUUCUUUGUCUUAAAGAGCCCAAGAAAUGAGAGCUGGGUCAUUGGACAAGUUCACCUGUUCCACUGGUCGGUUUUAGGUAUUCCAGCCAGCACGUACCAAACCGGUCCUUUUUUCUAUGUAACUGGAAAAGUGAAAAAUACUGGUAAAAACAUAUUAAAAAUAUUUUUUGUGAA